GGUUCCAUCAAAGACCAGUUGAAAUCAUAUGGAGCACUCACAGAGAAUGUGACUCGUAAAUAUACACGGCAGAUUUUGGAAGGAGUUCACUAUUUGCACAGUAAUAUGAUUGUCCAUCGAGAUAUUAAAGGAGCAAAUAUUCUGCGAGAUUCAGCAGGCAAUGUGAAGCUUGGUGACUUCGGUGCCAGCAAACGACUGCAGACUAUCUGUCUCUCUGGUACAGGAAUGAAGUCUGUCACAGGAACUCCGUACUGGAUGAGUCCAGAAGUUAUUAGUGGUGAAGGGUACGGCAGAAAAGCAGAUAUCUGGAGCGUAGGUUGUACGGUGGUAGAAAUGCUCACUGAGAAGCCUCCGUGGGCAGAGUUUGAAGCAAUGGCUGCCAUCUUUAAAAUUGCCACUCAGCCAACCAACCCCCAGCUACCACCUCAUGUCUCCGACCAUGCUCGGGAUUUCUUGAAACGGAUUUUUAUCGAGGCCAAGCUGCGACCGUUUGCAGAUGAACUGCUAAGACACACGUUUGCACACUAUCACUAACAGCCUGCCUCAACUCAGCUUGCAUCUACUGCAUUUAUUUUCUAUUUGACUGCACUUUUAUUUUUUAUUUUUUAUGAAAAAAGGAGAAAAAAGACAAGAGAGAAUAUUCUCUUGAAUCUUUGUUUCACUUAGAUUGUAAACAAUCUAAAUUUUGUAUCUAAAACGAGAAUCUUCUCUCCCCCACUCCCACCAGGACUAGAACUUUUUGUUUAUUCUAUAAUGUACUGAUGUGGUUCAUGUAGAUAAAGCACUUUAGUACAUAUUUGUUCCUUAUUUAAAGGGGAAAAAA